AUGAACGUCGACAUGUUUUAUGCGCGCUUGCUGCUGUUUGCGCUAGCCACAGCGCACCUCCAUGCAAAAGAAGGCCAAAAGCCAGGCACGUCUAAGAAAGGCUCCGAGUUCGACAGCAAUGCAGGAGCGCUAUGCAAUGGCGUUCAGCAGCAGAUUUCAACGACUGUUUCAUGGCUGAAAAAAAACUACACGGCAAAGCCCAAGACCAAGAGCGGUGCGCUUGUUCGCGAGUUUGAGCAAAUUAGCAGGCAGCUCUCCGAGAAAGAGCGCCCCAUUCUAGAUGUGCUAGGAGACGCAGUUUCAUGUGCGGCCCUCUGCUACAUAAGCCCAAUCGCUGCCAAAAACAAGGAGGCGCUUAGCAGGAGCGCAUCCAAGGCGCUGCAAGACGCUAUUGACUCCAAUGGCCGAAAGAAAUACACCAAAGCCAUUCUGGUCGGCAGGAUUGCAGAGAUUUUGAAAGGCAUUAUCACAAUGGAAAGGCUUGAUGCAGAGCAUGGCAAAGAAGAAAAUCCUCAUCGCGCGCCCAGAGUUACGCUACAAAAAAAAGAAGUCCAGAUGAUGCUGCGCCUGCUUCAGAUGUACGACUAUAUUCUCAAGCUGCUUCAAACCCAGAAAAACGACAUGAGCAUGUUUGAGGUCACACUUUAUUUUUUCAAAGCCAAGGACGCUGUACACGCGGCGGAGCGUAGAAUAGCGCAGAGGAUCGCCUCCAAGGGCAAUGCCCAAAAAAGCAGGCCGCGCAUGCAAACUAGAAGUUUUACUGGCGCUUCGCCCAGCCCCCAGAACUAA